AUGGCGACGCCGGCGGACGUUCGUGCAUUAUUCGAGGCGAGAUUAAAGGAUAGUGCUAUACCCCCGGAAUUUCAUCCAUCGGAUUUGGAAAGAACUAAGGAUGAGAAAUAUCUUAAAAGACUGCUCACGCAUCAAGAAAAAGACGCCAAGAAUGCUGCGAAUAUGCUGUGGGACAUCUUGACAUGGAGGAAAUCUGUUGGCGCAAGCGACAUUAAUGAGAGUAAUAUAAGAAUUGAUUUUGUUCGAGAAGGAAUCUUUUUUCCUAGAGGAAGAGACGUCGAUGGCUGUCUCCUGCUUAUUUUCAAAGCCAAAAUGCAUGUCAAAGGGCAAAGGGACUUUGAGGAGUUGAAGAAAAUCAUGAUUUACUGGUUUGAUCGUGUUGAACGUGAAGAAAAUGGUAAGAAAAUUACUAUGUUUUUUGAUAUGGAAGGAAGUGGCUUGGGUAACAUGGACAUGGAGCUUGUGAAAUAUUUAAUCACACUGUUUAAACUGUAUUAUCCAUAUUUCCUUAAUUAUAUAGUCAUAUAUCAUAUGCCUUGGGUCCUAUCGGCAGCAUUCAAAGUCGUAAGGACACUGUUACCAGCUCAGGCUGUUGAAAAAAUGAAAUUUGUCAGCAAAGAAACUCUAAAAGAUGUGGUGGCACCGGAGCAGGCUUUGGUGGUUUGGGGAGGGAAGGACAACUAUGUAUUUGAGUUUAUUCCCGAAGUUAGAACAAACACGACGGAACAGACUAUUUCUAAAAAAGUUACGUUUGCUGAACAAGGGGAUGGACAACAUUCACCUGGUGAGAUGUUACGUUUAGUACCGAAUGAUACAAUUGUUUUCAAAAAUGACAAUGAUGAAAUAUCAGGUCAAUUUACCAUUACUAAUAUGGACGAGAGUGCCAUUUCGUUCAAAAUAAGAACAACUGCACCGGAAAAGUUCCGAGUUAGACCUAGCUCUGGUUCCCUAGCAAGUGGAUCAUCACAAACGGUAUUAAUUGUUGUCCAACCUGGUAUACAAUUACGUACUGUUUCAAAGGACAGAUUCCUUGUGAUGUCAAUUCAAAUACCAAAGACAGAUGUAACACCAAAAGAGCUAUCUGAAAUCUGGCAAACGUCAACCGGAAGCAAAACAGAUGAAUACCGUCUCAAAUGUCAAUUCCCAGAGAAUAAUAUACCAAAGAAUGGAAAUAUCACUGAUGGAAAAUCUACAGAAAAAGCUGACGUAAUUGGGAAUACAUUGUCUGACUUAGAAAUGAACUAUGCGAUUCUGCACAGCGAUGUUCAGAAGCUGAAAUGGUUGCAGUUCUUAACGUUAUCGUUAACAGUCUUCGUUGCUGUUGUCGGGUACCUUGUCUAUGUCAAUGUCAGUGAUGAAGGGAAGUAUUGUGAACGUUUGUAG